GAAUUGCACCUCAGUCCAGUUGAUGGCGGUAAUACACAAAAAAUGUAAUCUGCCAAUGAAACGUCAUAGAAGAAGAAAAUCAUGCACACAAAACGAAAGCUGUUCUAUCCGGAGAAGAGUUUUGUUGCUUUGUUAUAGAGUUAGAACUGCUGUUUUAAUUCACUGAUUUCCUCUCGGUUUCCUCAGGUUUAACUGGUGUGCCCUCAGUUAAACUUACUGUGCAGAGUCGCUGACGCUACAGACAGGCGGCCGCCAUGAGCUCCACCAUGUCUAUGCACACUCAGCUUGCAGCCGUCAUAGAAGCUCUGGUCCACGCUGCGGUCGCGGAAAUGGAAAGGCUGGAGGACGAGAGGGCGCUUUCCAAGGCCCGAGGGACCACAGAGGAGCGGCAUGAGACGGGAAGAGAGCAGAAGGAGACCCGAGAGAAGUUGGUGCAGUUUGCUUCCAUCAUGGAGACUCUGGGAAACGAGGCUCUGGGGAGGAUCCUACACAUCAUGGAUGAAGCCAGGCUUGUGGCUCAGGUAGGGCAUGUCUGUAAGAAGCCACAGACCAGCGUCCUCAACGUCCUCAGCCACACAUCCGUGGCAGAGCUUGAGCACUCAUAUGGAGUCAGAAACCAAAACUGUAAGGCAGAAAGAGAAGCUCAGCUGAAAGCAGGUGGUGAUGCUGUGGAGACACAGUUUGUUCCAGCGGUCAACGUUAAAGAUGGACAUGGGAACAUUGACCUGGAAGCCAUUAGAGAGAGAACUUGGGUUGAAGCUGCUCCAUCUCCACAAUCAGACCCAGAGCCGCUACCUUCAGAGUUUUCUGUUCUCUCUGAGACUUCCCAGCAGAAUGUCUCCCAAACGUUGUUCUCAUGCUCUGUCUGCGGGAAGUUCUUCUCAUCUCAAAGCAACCUGAAGUCUCACCAACUCAUCCACACAGGGGAGAAGCCGUUUGCCUGCAGUAUCUGCAGCCGAGCCUUCCGCCAGCGCCAAAGCAUGCAGAGCCACAUGCGAACACACACUGGCGAGCGCCCGUUCCAGUGUCCUGUGUGUGGAAAACGGUUUUCAAAGCAGACACAGCUCAAGACACACACUGUCAUACACACUGGAGAAAAGCCGUACGGCUGUGAUGUGUGUGGCCGUCGCUUUAACCUGCCACAGAAUUUGCACCGCCACAGUGUCACCCACAGUAGGGAAAAAGUCUUUAUCUGCAAUGACUGUGGUAAAGGCUUCACCCGCGCUGUUACACUCAAAACACACCAGCUCAUCCACAGUGGCCAGAAGCCCUUCAAAUGUGAGCAGUGCCCCAAAUCGUUCAGGCAUGCCGUCAACCUCAAGAACCACCAGAGGAUCCACAGCGACCUGAGGCCCUACAGGUGUGACCUCUGCGGAAAGACGUUUCGACAGGCAGUGAAUCUUAAGAUCCAUGGCCGCAUCCACACUGGCGAGCGGCCCUUCAGUUGCCAGGAGUGCGGAAAAACGUUCAGCCAGCAGAGCAGCCUGAUCUCCCACAGCCGCACUCACUCCACAGACAGGCCCUUCCACUGCCCGACCUGUGAUAAAAAAUUCAACAAUGCCAACAGCCUCAAGCUUCACCUGCGCGUUCACACUGGAGAGAAGCCGUAUGCCUGCGAAAUAUGCGCCAAGACCUUCAGCCAGGGAAGCCACCUGAGGACGCAUAAGAGGCAUGUACAUGCUGGUGGCAAGCAGUUCAUCUGCGACAGGUGUGGGAAGAGGUACGCCGACCAGCGCUACUUGAAACUGCAUAAGUGUUGCUUUGCAUGAACUGCCAGGAGUCGGCUGUCUCAUAAGACGACAGUACACUACUUCACUUUCCACAGUUAAGCACAUCAGUUGCCAAGGAAACUGCUGCAACAUCCUUCUGUACAGAGGUUCUGGUUGGUCUGAGCCCUCAGUUUUAUUUAAGACUUUCUGCGUACAAGUUUUAUAAUUUUCUAUAAUAUAUUUUUCAAUAUGAAUGAUGAAUAAAAUCUAAAUGAGCUCAUCUGUCUAGAUGAUGCUGUUUAAAAAUAAAGUAAAACAUUCACUCUA